UACCAAACAACCUUUUGCUUUCCUCAUCAAUCAAAACAGCUUCGUUCUUUGUUUAUCCCCUUUUCUUUUUUAAUUUUGAAAUUUUUUUCCUUUUGAUUUUCCAUAAUCUGAAUGGUACCCAUUUCAUAGAAUCAUGAUAGAACCUCAAAACUAGAACGAUCACAGUUGUUUUUUUUUUUGGGGGGGGAUUGCCCUUUUCUCAUUUCACAAAAGAACAAAGGGCAAUUUUAUGUAUUUCCCCUUCGUCUGAUUCCCUCCAUUGCUCUCUCUUUCCGAGUUUCUGUUACAGAAACACGGGAUUUCGUUGCCCCAUUUCCCCCUUUUCGUGGUUUUGGAGAUUCUUCUAUUGGUAUAGAGGCAAAGAAAUCGAUUAGAAAGAUAUUUUGUGAUCUGGGUUUUGUCGAAUUCAGGUGAAAAUGGGGGAAGAGAGUGAGGAAAGGAGGGAAGAAAAGACAUAAAAAGAGAAGAAAAUACAUCAAAAGAGAGAAAGGGGUGAAGGGAGAGGAGUUUCAGAGUGAUAAUGUACAAGGAAUACGCUGGAAUCGUGAAGGCUUGGGAAGCAACUGUGAGAAAAACACAAAACUCAGCGAAGAAGAGGGCCAAUAGCAUAUUUGCAGCAAUGUCCGUUGCCCCAGCCGACGACGAGCCUGGCCCUGGCGAACUCCAUCACGCCGAGAAAGCGAUCCCCAAUGGCGAUUUCUACACAGGGCAAUGGAUGGACAACAUGCCCCAUGGCCAUGGAAAGUACCUUUGGACCGAUGGGUGUAUGUAUGUUGGUGAAUGGUACAAGGGGAAGACCUUAGGGAAGGGCAAAUUCAGCUGGCCUUCUGGGGCUACUUAUGAAGGGGAUUUCAAAAGCGGCUACAUGGAUGGCAAAGGUACUUACACUGGUUCAUCUGGGGAUACCUAUAGGGGUUGUUGGGUCAUGAAUUUGAAACAUGGACAAGGCACACAAAACUAUGCCAAUGGGGAUUAUUAUGAGGGGGAAUGGCGUAGAGGGUUUCAGGAUGGACAGGGGAGAUAUCAAUGGAAGAAUGAGAAUCAUUACAUUGGACAGUGGAAGAAUGGGAAGAUCAAUGGCAAUGGGACUAUGAUUUGGAACAAUGGGAAUCGGUAUGAUGGCUGUUGGGAAGAUGGGUUGCCUAGAGGGAAUGGAACUUUUAGAUGGGCUGAUGGGAGUUGUUAUGUUGGUGUUUGGAGUAAGGAUCCUACAGAGCAGACUGGGACUUUUUAUCCGUCUGAUUCUUCUGAGACUGAGAUGAGCUCGGAUCCUCAAGAGAUUUUUGCAGAGUAUUUGAAUGAUUUUGUACUUUGUGCAGGGGAAAGGAUUUUGAUCUAUCCCUCGCAGAAGAUGAUUACUUGGUCGGGCCUUGACCUUGACUCGUCGCAAAAGCAAACAGUUUCGAAGAAAGGGAAUGAUGGGAACAGGAGAUUGAGAAGAACAUCGGUUGAUGGCAAAGUCAGCAAUUCUAGUUUUGAAUCAUUGAAUGAUGGUUCAAAUGAAGCAAGUUCCAGAAAUGGGAAAGGAACUCAUCUGCUCCAAGAUUUGGAUAGCAAAGGGAAAAGACAACCAAAUUUGAGAUUUCAGCCAGCAAAGAGACAGGGCGUUACAAUAUCAAAGGGACACAAGAACUAUGAGCUCAUGCUAAAUCUGCAGCUGGGGAUCAGGCAUUCUGUUGGGAGGCCUGCUCCAGCAACUUCCCUUGAUCUGAAGUCUUCAGCUUUCGAUCCUAAGGAGAAAGUUUGGACAAAAUUUCCACCGGAAGGAUCCAAGUAUACACCACCUCAUCAAUCUUCUGACUUCAGAUGGAAGGACUACUGUCCUGUUGUCUUCAGGACUCUUAGGAAACUGUUCAAGGUGGACCCAGCAGAUUACAUGCUAUCUAUAUGUGGAAACGAUGCUCUUCGAGAACUCUCCUCCCCUGGAAAAAGUGGGAGUUUCUUUUAUUUAACCCAUGAUGACAGAUACAUGAUUAAAACCAUGAAGAAGGCUGAAGUGAAAGUUCUCUUGAGGAUGCUUCCAGCCUACUAUAAGCAUGUUCGGUCCUUCGAAAAUACUCUCGUUACCAAAUUUUACGGUCUUCAUUGUGUGAGAUUAACUGGGACUUCACAGAAGAAGGUGCGAUUUGUCAUAAUGGGAAAUCUGUUUUGCUCCGAGUAUACCAUCCACAGGCGUUUUGACCUGAAAGGUUCUUCCCACGGCCGUAUAACUGAUAAACCAGAGGCGGAAAUAGAUGGAACAACCACCCUUAAAGAUCUUGACCUUAAUUAUAUAUUCCGGUUGCAGAAGAUUUGGUUCCAAGAAUUUUGUAGACAAGUAGACAAGGAUUGUGACUUUCUUGAACAGGAGAGAAUCAUGGACUACAGUCUAUUAGUUGGUCUUCACUUCCAAGAAACUUCGUAUCGGGAAGCGAGCACACCCGAGAGCCAUCAUUCAGGAAGUAGAGAUACUGAUUACGAAGCAGAUGGUCAGUUAAGAGCAGACAAGGCACAAGACUCUGCCAGGUGGGCUUCCAUUAGUCUAGGCAUCAAUAUGCCAGCACGGGCAGAACGGACGGUGAGACGGGGAGAACCUGAAGCCCAGCUAGUAGGAGAACCCACUGGGGAGUUGUAUGAUGUGAUCAUUUUCUUUGGUAUAAUCGACAUACUACAAGACUAUGAUAUCAGCAAGAAACUCGAGCAUGCUUAUAAAUCGUUUCAAUACGAUCCAUCGUCAAUAUCUGCUGUUGAUCCAAAGCAAUAUUCGAAACGCUUUCGAGAUUUCAUCUUCAGAAUUUUUGUAGAAGACACUUGAAGUUGUUAUACUGACCCAAUUCAUCAAAACUUGCAGACAGUGGCCAUCCUUGUACAGUCGGUCCGUUGUGAGAAAUGGUAUCAGUUUUUGAUAGAGUCGUAGCGUUUGGCCACGGAAAAAAGAAAGAAAGAGCAACCAUUUGAUGUAUAAAAUUAAGGUAACCAUGUAGAGCUUUGCCACUUAUGCAUUGUAUUUUUCUUUCUAAGUAGAGUUAUUAGAAAAUUGUGAUAUGAUUUAGAAAGUUAUAGAUGAGAGUUGUUACCAUCACCUCACCCAAGUGUUACUAAUUUGUAAAUUUAUUUAUUAACUAAAAGGCUGAAGACCCAACUGUUACUAAGUUGUAACUUGAUUUCUAUUC